AUGGACGGAUAUAUUCAACAAUUGACACAUGAUAAUCUGCUAUUCGAAAAUCAAUGGUCCAAAACAUUAAAUCAACAGAUACAAUUUAUAGAUGAUCUCAAAAAGUGCAACGAUGAUUCUUUGACAUUGAAACUUAACAGUUUGAAUGCCAUCAUUGAUUAUGUACUCAACGAGCAAUCGACUAAAGUAGAACCAAUUUCAUAUAAAUAUGAAUUUGUUGAGAUGAUUAUAAAACAAUGUUGCGGCGAUCCUCGGCCAUCGUUAGAAUUUAUUGUACAUAAUUUACUACGUAUUCUGGAGACAAACAACAUUUUUGAUCGAUGGCAUCUGGCAUGUAUCAAAACACAUUAUUAUGAAUUUAGACUUGGAGCAUGGCUAUUAAUGGAGCCUAGUAUUGAUUUGAUCGAAUCAAUUUUUCGUGGUCUUCAAAUACAUUCAUUUCUAAACGAUGAAGUAGAUCAACAAGUACAAGUACAAUGGGAAGAAUUUCUAAGUGAAAAAAUCUUUUCGAAAUUUUCUGAUAAUAGCAAUAGAUUGAAUGAGGAAGAAGCAAUGUUUGCCAUACGAUCUAGCUUUCAACAAUUGUUUCGGCAUGCUGCUCGUAUGUCUCAUCGGUCGUGUGUCUGGUCGAAAGUUUUAUCAAUAUUGUCGCAUACAUUACCAACACUCUUCGACCACUAUGAUGAUUUGAAUGAUAGUCAUGUUGACUUGUUAGAAUGUGUGAUGCUACCCAUAUCACCCGAGUACAUCGAUUUACUGAGUCAAUCUUAUAAACGCAAUUUUGAACUCUUCAAAAUUAACUUAUCACAAAUUUUAAUUGUUAUCGAAAAGCUUCUCUUAACGGAUCAUAUUGAAGAAGCAGAGAAGUUUUUCUUCCAAAAUAUUCUUGAUCAUAUAAAUGCUGAAGUCGAUAUCGACGCUUUGGUUCGCAUGUUCAUUCGCGUAUGCCCAUUAAUAAAUAUCCAUUGUCGUAAUCAAUUAUGUAAAGGGAUUCUUCGAUCUCUAACAGAUAAAUUGCGAGAGAGCAAUUGUAGUAUAGAAUUAGCAACUCUAUUUUUCGAAUUUGCUCUCAUUCUACUAGAUUUGCACGCCAACGAGGCCCCAGCAAGUGCUUGGAGUAUACUGAACAAAAGUGAAUUUUAUCAUUGGCAAGAACUAGCACCACGUUUUGCUGAUUUGGUUCGAUUGUGUGUUAGCUAUGAUAUUAUCGAUCAGAAGCACUAUUCAAAUGAACUUGACAAGCUUGAAACUAUUCUUAAGCUAGCUGCUGACAAAGUCAAAGUGUAUCCAACUAUUUUGAAAGCCACACAUGCUGAAGCUUUACAAGCUAUACUUCGUUGGUCUGAGUCGAUGCAAAAUGGUAUGGGAAAAGUGCCAUGGCCCGCACAUGUUUACAAAAUGGGUUUGCCAGCAUUAGAUUUGAUUGAUAAUCAACACUUAACGACCGAUACGUGUACUCAAUUGAUCGUAGUACUUCAGCAGAAAGUUAUUGUCAACGAAAAGUAUUCUAAUCAACAGAGUACAUUGCCUUUCAUUGAACGCUUCUUCACAUGUUUGACACAACAUUUGAGUAUAUUUAUUGAAUUUUGCAAAAUCUUACCACACGAAGUUCACAAACAGUUGGCUACAUUGUGCCUAUCAGCAAUAAUACGCCCACUGAAACAUGAAAAUGGUCAGAUUUCAUUUGAUUAUAAUAUAGUUUUAACACUCUGGCAUAGUAUUUGUCAGUCUUUAACUAAUGAAAGCGAUGCCGGUCUCUAUGAGAAAUUUCUCAAACGAAUACAUCUACUUGCUCAUGAAAAAAAUGAUCCGAUCUUAUUCGGAUUGUGGGAUCUAUUUUGGAAUUCGAUUGGCACGAAAAUGAUCAGUAUUGCUGUCAAUUAUGUCGAUGAGUUUCUGAUUAAUAUCAUUGAUCAUAAACAGUUUGGUCAAGCUUCAUUGCUUCCUAUGCUCUAUCUCAAACAAUCUCAGUCAUUUCACGAUCGAUUCGAUAAUCUUAUUAAAGCAUUUUUCAAUACUGAUACAUCAUGUAUCUUGUCAUUGGCGCAACUGCUUUGGAUUAUUACCAAAACACAUCCAGAAUUGAUCACAUCUGCUCAAGUCGAUCGUUUAUUCGCUUCCACCAAAUAUCAUACAGGUACUACAAAUGAACUUACUCUCAUUUUUGGAGUUCUCGCCGUUAUAACCAAUACACGUCCUCAUUUAUUGAAUAAUUAUCAUGAUUUACUUGUACAUUUUGUCAAUGAACAAAAGAACGCAUCCAAUUUUGAUUGUCUUCAAGAGUAUUUCGUUGCAUCGACAAUUGUCGGCGGCGAAAAAGCAGCCUAUGAUAGUCUUACAGUUCUUAUCGAUUGUCUCAAAAGUGACAUUCAAAUUACAAAUGAUACUCGACCACAAAUAGUUUAUAUAUGCCAACUUAUUGGCAUAUUAAAUGAACAGGCUCUGAGACAUAAGCGCAAAGACUUUUUAAUAUUCAAUUCAUAUCCUGAAUGUCGAAUUUUACUCGAUUUUAUUGAUGGUAGAAUUGUGUACCGCAAUAAAGAAUCAUCAAUAAAACAAAUCAGAGAACAAGUUGCACGUAUAGAAAAGCGUUUAUUCAAAGCAAAAUACGACGUUCAGUAUAUAAUGAAAAUGUUCAAAUCGGAAGAGUUAAAUGUUAUCAAUCAUGAUACCUUCUUCUAUGAAAAAACAGUCAACUUUUUAUCUACAAACUGGGGUCAUGAAGUUAUCAAAUUACUCAAUGUUCCAGCUGACAAUGAUUGGAAUUUACUUGGUCAACAUUUCGGCUAUUCAACUAGUGAACUGAGACACUUGGCUCUAAAAGUCAAUCCAUCUAUGAUUUUACUCAACGAAUGGUUCAUGACGCAUAAUGGUGAAGAAGCAAUUUAUGGUCUUGCAAAAAUAUUAGAUGAAAUCGGUCGACAAGAUGUGACAAAAGUGAUUCGAGAAGCAAUAUCAGCUUCCGGUGAAGACACUCAUGAUUAUUUGAACUUGGAAAUCCAACGUUUCCCGCCAAUAUUUCUCUCGUAUUACUAUAGUAGAAACCAAAACCUUGUUCCGGCCCUUCAGCAUCGUUUAGAGAAAGCCGGCUAUGCGUGUUGGAUGAAAAAUGACCAGACAACUACUUUACAAACAUUUAUAAAACGAGAUAGCGCUAUACGUGGAGCCAAAAUUCUUAUAUGUUGUAUGAAUACAUCUUACAUUCAUUCAGAUGAAUGCUUACAUGAAAUUCAACUAAUUGUUAAUACAGGAAAACCAUUAAUUAUUUGGCAUAUGGAAAAUCAAAUGUGGUCAUCUGAAAGUGCUUUUGAACAAAUCAUAGGAAGAUAUCCCUAUAGUUCAUUCUAUAUUAAUGAAUCGAAUAGCGAAAACGAUUUACCAGCUGGCAAAUUUGUUGAACUUCUUGGUCGAAUUCGUUAUUAUGUAGCACCGAAUCCGGAUAUGAUUUCUGAACAAUAUUACAAUUGGUUUGUACCACAGAUCGAUAAUCUAAUUUUUCUACAACCAAUAUCAAAUGGUGGUAAAAAUUACAAAACUAUUUUGAAAAAUAAUAUUCCAUUUGUAAUUAAUGAAGCACAAAUAGUGAUUUCAUAUGAGUGGGAUCGUCAAGCUGAUAUUAUUGCUUUGUACAAACGAUUGACACAGUUUGGCUAUCGUUGUUGGCUUGACAUAUUUCAAAUGGAUGGUGUUGAUUCAUUAUUAAAAAAGAUCAGUACUGGAAUUCGUAGUGCUAAAUGUGUACUUGCGUGUGUUACUCAAAAAUUUACGAAAUCAAUCAAUUGUCGACGAGAAAUGUCAUUAGCCGAUACACUUUCGAAACCAAUUGUUCCAUUAUUACUCGAAGAGACAAACCGAUGGCCACCAAUAGGUCCAAUGUCACUUAUUUUUGCUGAGACAACAUAUUUUGACUUUUGCUCCUCGCAUAAGAGUCUUGAUAUUGUUGGUAAUGAUAUAUGGUCGGGAGAACAAUUCGAAAAAUUACUUUCUCACUUGACUGAAAUUGUACCAGAAGCGGAAGUUAAAAUGUCUCGACGACAUACGCUUGUUACGAAUUGGACAACAACACCAAAUAGACCAGUCGACGAUGAAAAGAAAACAGCACGUCUUCAAAGUGCACCAACUGUUCCAAAGAGUCGAGCUUGUUCUAUCAUGUAA